AUGUUUUCAGACUCAGUAGAUGAAGGUGCUCAACAAUCAAGUAUUGAGAAUAAACCAGCUGCGAGUGGUUCAAAAUUGGCACAGUUGGCAAAGUCAAGAGCGAAUGCAAAACUGUCAGUGCCGUCCAUAAAUCAAGCAACUGCUAGCUCCAAGUUAACUGCUUUGGCUAAAGCUAGAAGUGGGCAAAAAAUGAAAGAAGAAAGUAAUAAUCAUCAGGCUAAUACAUCUAAUAAAUCGCUUCAGAUAUUGGGCAGAUUGCGUUCUUCGACAGCUACGGAUAGAGAAAAGUCUUCGCCAAGGUUGUCGUUGCCUAAGACGAAUGGUCUCAAAGGCUUCUCUUCUGGUCGUUUGAAUAAAUUGCAACAUAAUACAGAACAAACACAACCAGAAAUAGCCAAACCUAAAGAGGUUGAAAAUAUAGAUAUAGAUGAGCCUCCAAAACAACAUCAAGAACCGGAAGUGAGCUUUAAUAUUGUUUAUGAUGACUCAAUUUUACUAAAACUUCCAAAUACUCCCGUCUCAUCAUUUUUAUUCAAUAAAAGAAGGCGAGACGAGGACGCAGAAAAUCAUUUGUUAGAAAACAGAAUCAAGAGAAGACAUCAUAAUGACGAAUUAUUUCAUCCGAUUACUAACAAUGAAAUUGAUAUAGCUACUACCAAAAAAGUAAAAUCUAAUUUUGAUGAACCUAGUCCAGACGAUGAGAUUAUAAAUGCCCAAAAAAAUGCAUUUGAGAAGAAUAUGGGAAAUUUAAAAAUUUCCGAGGAAAGGAACAAUAGUUCAUCAACAGUCGAUACGAUUACUGAAAAACAGCCACCAAAGAAGACCCAACCUUUCAAGAAGAUUGAAUUGUCUAAGGAAUUAUCUACACAUACGACUUAUUUAAAACCCCAUAAGUCAUUCGUUGUUAUAGGACAUGUUGAUGCAGGUAAAUCUACAUUAAUGGGUAGAUUACUUUUUGAUUUAGGUAUUAUUGAUGCAAAAACUGUCAACAACUUAGUUAGGCAGUCAGAAAAAUUAGGUAAAGGCUCAUUUGCACUUGCUUGGAUUAUGGAUCAAACUAGUGAAGAAAGAUCCCGUGGAGUCACUGUUGACAUAUGUGCCACUAACUUCGAAACUGAGACAUCUAGGUUUACCGCUAUUGACGCUCCGGGACAUAAAGACUUUGUACCUCAAAUGAUAAGUGGUGUCUCGCAAGCAGACCUUGCUUUAUUGGUGAUUGACUCCAUAACGGGAGAGUUCGAAUCUGGAUUUACAAUGGAUGGGCAGACUAAAGAGCAUACGAUUCUCGCUAGAAAUCUAGGUAUUGCGAAAGUAUGCGUGGUUGUAAAUAAAAUGGAUAAGGAGGAUUGGUCUGAAAGAAGAUUUGAAGAUAUUAAGUUCCAAAUGACUGAAUUUUUGACUGGCUCGGAUAUUGGGUUUUCAAGUGACCAGAUAGAUUUCGUACCUAUUUCAGGUUUGACGGGUAACAAUGUUGUCAAAACUGACACCUCUAUUAAGGCCUUUGAUUGGUACAAGGGUCCAACAUUGAGCAACUACUUAGAAAAUAUUCGAUUGCCCGAUCAAAUAGUUGAUAAUGAUUUGGUAUCCAAAUUGAUUAAGGAAGAUUUCAACAUGUCUAUUAAUGAUAUUUAUAGCAUUUCAAGCUCUGAGUUUGGUGUCAGUGGUAAAAUUACAUCUGGUAUGAUUCAAGCCGGGGAGACAGUUUCUAUUUCUCCGAACCAGGAAUAUUUACAAAUUCAAUCAUUAUCAAUUCAUGAUAAGCCUGUAAAUGUGGGUAUAAGCGGUGAGAUAGUUCUGAUGAAUUUCAAGAUUAAUCAACUUACCAAUAAGACUUCUGAUGAUUUGAGCAUUGGUGAUUUGAUUCUGAAAAUCGACUCACCAAUAACAGCUGUCAAGACUUUUAUUGCCUCGAUACAUUUAUUCAAUAUGAACAAACCGCUAUUAGUUGGAACACCAUUCGUUUUGUUUAGAAAUAAUUCACAUAUUCCUGCAAGAAUUUCGAAGAUUGUCGAUAUUGAAGGUUCGAAGAAGAAGAAAAAGCACUUGAUUUCCAAACAAUCUGCUACGGUUGAGAUUACUGUACAAGGUGAUAGAUUGUUACCUGUUACAAGAUUCAGUGACAAUAAGAUUUUGGGAAGGGUAGUUAUUAGAAGGGAAGGUGUUACUGUAGGAGCAGGUACCAUUAGCGAUUUAUGA